AUGACUGGUGUUUUUAUUCUGCUAGCUUUUGCCUUGUUCUUAUCAAUGUCCAAAAGCAUAGAGCAGAUGGAGAAAACAUCCACUGUUGAAGGUCAUGCAGUUAAACUCUUCUGUGAAACAGACCAGGUGUCCGAAAAUUUCACAUUUAUUUGGAGUAAAGAAAACAAGACCAUAAAAACAAGCUCACGUAUUAAAGCACAAGGAAGUUCAUUAUGGAUUUUAAGCACAGUAUUAUCUGACAGUGGCCUCUACAUAUGCAGAAGCACCAAUUUAACUUUGAGCACGGAAUUUGGAGUGUUACUUUCUGUUGUGACUGGACCAUGUCCUGCACCAGUUCCAGUGGAGUUAGCACUACCAGGAUCCAAUGUUAACCUUUCCUGCACUGAGGAAUAUGUUCCCACUCUGGGACAAAGACUGCAAGUACAGUGGUGGAAGGAAUGCAAACCUACAGGGAUACAAGGAAGUGACCUUGAUCUUUUUAAUGUAUCUGUGAGCAGCAUGGCUAACUACACCUGUAUGGUUACCUUCCGCUAUGAAGGCAAAAACUACACAGCCUCUCGAACCAUUCAGCUUAAAGUGCUUACGGAUGAGCCUGUGGAGAAGCCGAGAGUAAUACAGCCUCAUAAUGUCACUCUGCACGUCAAGCAAGGAAAGAUAGAAGUAAAACUGGAGUGCACAGUGUUUAUUGGUUUAAAGGAGGAAUCAACGAUGGAAACCUCCAUUUACUGGACUGUAAACCAUAAUUUUUCUGAGUUCUAUUCACAGCUUCAGAACAACCUAACAAUAGAACACAGAAAGAAUAAUCAGAUAUACGGGAAAUCAACAUUGUUCAUUUCCAAAGUACUUCCAGAAUUUUUUAAUGUACCUUUCCUGUGCAUCGUUCUUAGUCCGAGGGGUUCAGACACGGGUCUAGUGUGGCUCAUUCAAGAGGAAAAUACUACCCAGACACUAUGGAUCAUUGCUCUACUCAUCUUACUAGCAGCUGCUCUGGGUUUUGCCCUGCUCAUGUUUUUUAAAAUAGAUAUAAUCCUAUCUUACCGUCAACUGUUUGGCAAAAACAAAACUCAGGAAGGGAAACUAUACAAUUCGUAUGUGGCUUACUUUCCUGGCAAUGGUCCUGGGCCUUCUACAGCAGAGAAAUUGGCUCUGAAAAUCUUUCCUGAGGUGUUGGAGCAGCAGCAUGACCUCAAACUCUUUAUACAUGGCCGUGAUGACUCAAGCACAGAAGGAAGCAUUACAGACAUGACUGAUGUGUUAAGCCAGAGCAGAACAGUGGUGCUCAUUCUCUCAGGAUCAAGCCGGGCCGAUCACCAAGAAAAAAGCUUAAUUCCACUGGCUGAAGGCCGAGAAAGGCUCAACGAAUUGCUAGACACUGAAUUUUUUACUGUCAUCAUUCAGUCCGGUGUACAAGUAAUUCUGGUCGAGAGUGAGAAGAAUGCAGAUUACUCGCUCCUGCCAGAGCCCAUCCAAUCAAUCCGAAAAAAGAAGGGAGUGCUGAGGUGGAGGCAAACGAUGCGGCCCAAUGACCGUUUGUGGAAGCACCUCAGAUAUCGCAUGACCUGAGAAUGAGUUUUUAUCUAGAGAUAGAAAAGUUUUAGUAUACUAAAACUAGUAUACUUCACUAGUAUACUACACUAGUAUAUGAUGUAUUAAAUAUUUUUUUUGCAAUUUCUUUUCUUUUUGA